AUGUCGACCACGGUGACGGAAACGGCGCCGGAGAGCUACAAGCUUGAGCUCAUGUCCGCCUACGGCCCCGUCUACCGCGACGUCCUCCGCACCCCGCCCCGGGACUGCUCCCCCUCCGAGGUCCCCGUCAUCGACCUCUCCCACAUCCGCGGCGCCGAGGCGGACCGCAAGGCCCUAGCUGCCACCAUCCGCGACGCCGCCGAGAACACGGGCUUCUUCUACAUCAAGAACCACGGCAUCCCCAAGGCGACGAUCGACGCGGCCUUCAAGCAGGCGCAGGCCUUCUUCUCGCAGCCCAACGAGAAGAAAGCCCUCGUCGCGCAGAAUAAGUCAAAAUUCUUUAACGGCUGGACGGAGAAGCGCGCCGCGCAGAUCUCGCCGACCGAGACCAAGGACCACCGCGAGGGCUUCAGCUUCCGGUACGACCCGGCGCACGACCCGGAGCCCAAGGACCCGCAGGCCGUGCCGGCGGAGGUGCAGCCGUGGAUGAAGCACGAGGACUUCGUGUGGGAGGGCACGAGCCACCUGCCCGGGUUCAAGGAGGACAUGGUCACGUACUGGCGGGAGUGUCUGACGCUGGCGCGGAGCAUGAUCCGCAUCUUUGCGCUGGCGCUGGACGUGCCGGAGAGCUACUUUGACGACGUCAUCACGUACCCCGGCAGCGACAGCGUGUGCAACUACUACCCGAAGAACACGGAGCCGCAGGACGCGACGAUCGACGUCGGGCUCGGGGCGCAUACGGAUCUCCAGUGCUUCACGCUGCUGUGGCAGGACAGCGUGGGCGGGCUGCAGGUGCUGACGAAGGACGGGCAGUGGAUCAAGGUGCCGCCUGUGCCGGACACGUUUGUGAUCAACAUUGGCGAUUUCCUGCAGAGGCUGUCGAACGACCGGUUCAAGUCGACGGUGCACCGGGUGUUCAACUACGCACCGACGGACCGGUACUCGAUGCCGUUCUUUUUCGGGUUCAACCACAAUGAGCAGUGCGCGGUGCUGCCCACUUGCGCGGAUGAGAAGAACCCGCCCAAGUAUGAGCCGAUCAGCUGCGGAGAGAUUUGA